ACUGCUUCUCUUGUUUUCUGUCUUUUUGUGUCGUUCCGAUUUCCGAUAAUGCCUCGCUGUGAUUUGUCUUUGUGAUUACCCCUGUGGAUGUGGAUUAGGUACCCAGACCAACGCCCGAACCCUGAACACCUUACUAAAUAAUCCUGUAAGAAAAUCUCCAACGUUGAGUGUUGUGUGCAGUAAUUUUCCUCAUAUUUCACCACCGGUUUUACUUAGCUUAUGUUUGGCUUUAUGUAGGCGAAAUGGGUGAUUUUAAUUCUAGGAAAAAUGUUAAUGAAUAUAGCAGAAAUCCAGGAAGAACAAACGUACGAUCUUUUGGCAACGGAGCAUCUUGGAGACCAGGCGAUAGGAAUACUGCCGGAAGCUCAGGAUUUAAUCGGAAUAAUGACAGACGUUUAAACCAAAAACCAUCCUAUACAAAUCGGCCGGAAAGAAGCAUGGGGCUUAGAUAUAUAGAAGACUUGCUGAAUCUUGAUCCCAAAGCUAUAGUAUUUAAAUUGUCAGAUGAUAAAAAUGGUUUUUUAAAACUUCUAGCUAAUAAAUCAAUUAGCAAUGAUUUGAUCAUUUUAAUCUUAAAAUUGACACACAAAGUUUGCGAAGUCUCUUUUAAUGAUGUAAAAAUUAAACUUUUAACUAACGUAUUACGUAGUCAUUUCAUGGAUAAACUUAACUCUUAUAUAAGUUCCAUAUCACAUCAGUCUUCAGUUGAGAAAAACGACAAUAGUUAUUUUUGGGAAAAUACUGAAAAUUUCUAUAAGAAUUUGUUAUUGUUAGCAACAACUGUACAUGAAAUGAUUCCUUCAUACUCUGAAAAUAUAUAUCGGAUAUUAACUACUCUUAAUGUCUUUAUACCUUUAAUUGAAGAACAACAUGCCAUGCAUAUAUCCGAUGGUAUUAAAGGAUCACUGAAACAUUUGUUAUUUGUUUUAAAGAAAGAUAUAGAGUGUUUGCAAAGAAAACCUAGCCAGAAAGAUAAAAUAGUGGUGGAUGAACUUGAACCCCCUGAUGACUUCAGAAAAAUUGCCGUCGUACCAACAGCUAAAGAAAUUUUAAUGGAAGAAUCACCAUACUUACGUGCAAACAUUAUUAAUGGAGCUUAUAAAAAUUAUGAUCACUAUUUAGAUAUCCAGUUUAGGUUAUUACGUGAAGAUUUUGUAUCUCCAUUACGUAGAGGAAUUCAAAAUUUUUUAUUUAACGAGGAUAAGGAAAAACAAGAACGAAGAAAAUUGGAAAACAUAAGGUUUUAUAAAAAUGUCAUGUUUUUGAACGCUGAACCGAUCAACGAGAACUACUGUUACAAAGUUCAGUUUGAUUUUAGCAAAAAAAAUACAUCUUCAUUUGAGAACUCAAAAAGAUUUAUGUUUGGGUCUUUAAUAUGUUUCACAAAUGACAAUUUUCAAACACUACUAUUUGGAAAAGUUGUUGAAAGAGACGUCAACCUUUUAAAUGGCGGUAUUGUAGUUAUUGGGUUUGAGUCCAACGUAAACAUCGAUUUUAAAACUACUUAUUUGAUGAUAGAAAGUAGUAUUUAUUUUGAACCAUAUUUUCAUGUGCUCAAUGUACUGAAAAAAAUGAACGGUAACAAUUUUCCUAUGGAAAAAUACAUAAUAAGAGUAGAGACAAAUGUCAAACCUCCCAAAUAUUUAUUGCAAACUACUUCAGUGUUUUAUAAAAUUGAUGGUACAAAUGUAUCGCCCUUAAAUUUUCCAGUUGAUAAAUCGUUCUAUAAUUUUAAUGAUUCACAGAUGAAAGCAUUCAAAGCUGCUCUAACUGAAGAAUUUUGUAUUAUUCAAGGACCACCUGGAACAGGAAAAACGUUUUUAGGUCUUAAAAUAGCCCAUACGUUAUUGUACAACCAUACGGCAUGGUAUAAGAAUUCACCAAUACUGGUCAUUUGCUUAACAAACCAUGCUUUGGAUCAAUUUCUUGAAGGAAUACUUCCAUUUACCGAAGACAUAAUAAGAGUGGGAGGACAAUCUAAAAACCAACAACUGAAAAAAUUUAAUUUGGCGCAUAGACGUACCAGGCAUGCGGAGUCGGGUUGGUCGGCUGUUUCUUACAAGUACUUGCAAUUCCGCAAACACGAAGUUAACGUUUAUAUGGAUGUGUUAAAAUCAAUUAAACGGUUAUUAGAUCAAAUUGCUUCCAAAGAUGCUAUAAUAGAUUUUCGGAACUUUCGGGUUAUUGAAGAUUUCAACGACACCUGGUUUGCAGAGCAUUUAGAAGAAGAUGAUAUUUUGCAAUGGUUAUUGGAGGGAAAACGUAUAAACCCUUUAAAGAGAACUACUCCGUUAGUUAUGGGAACUGCACAAAAGAUGUCAAAUAACGAAAAUGAAGUAGACAAUCUAUAUGCUUCUGAUGACGAUGACCGUAGAAUUGCACUUGACGCAUUGAUGGCCGAGUUCGAUAAAUUUGGUGAUAUUGAAAAAGAGACCUGUUUUAUACCAGAGCCUUUGCUUUGUUUGAAAGAACUCAAGGAAGAGUUGACGGCAUUGGAUGCGACCUUAAAUUUAAUUAAAAAAUGCCCUGAGUCUACUUCAGAAUCAGUGAUUAAAAUUGAACAGCUCGAAGCUGAAAUUUAUGACAUUCAAUCGACUAUUGAGUAUUUGGAGACUCAUUUAAGUAACUAUUCAUAUCAAAGAGAUAGAAGAAUGCCACCGUUGGUUAAUUUACAACAUCCAGAAUCUGUGCCACCAGCUAGAAGAUGGCUAAUUUAUUUUUAUUAUUUGGAUAAGCUCAGAGAUCAUUUAAGGGAUACAUAUAAAGUAGUGACAAUCAAAUAUCAAGAGGCUUUUCGAAUUUACAACGAUCUACGACAGAUGGAAGAUGCUCGCAUAAUGGAAAAUUGUCGUCUGGUAGGUAUGACCACAACAGGAGCAGCCCGAUUACGUAGCACCAUACAGUCCCUCAAAAAUCCUAUUGUAAUAGUGGAAGAAGCAGCGGAAGUUUUAGAAGCUCACAUUAUUGCAGCACUAACACAGAAUUGUCAGCAUCUUAUAUUAAUAGGUGACCAUCUUCAACUUAAACCAGGAGCCGCUGAUUUUGAAAUUGAAACUAAAUACAAAUUGGGUGUUAGUUUGUUUGAACGAAUGGUUAACAAUAACAUUCAGUGUUACACUUUAAAUGUCCAGCAUCGUAUGAAACCGGAAAUAUCAAGUCUUAUUAAACCAACUAUUUAUAAAGAUUUGGAAGAUCAUGAAUCUACCUUACAAAGAGAUCCUAUUUUGGGAGUCGAAAAAUGCUUAUAUUUUAUUAAUCAUGAUAAACCUGAAAGUGAAUGUCAAGAUCAAAGUAAGAAGAAUACUCACGAAGCAACAUUUUUAAUUGCACUAGCGCGACAUUUAAUAUUAAAUGGUUACGAACCAGAACAAAUAACAAUCUUAGCAGCUUACCUUGGGCAAAUGUUUGAUAUGUUGAACGAAAUAGAAAAACCGCAUAAUGCGAUGUUCCUAAAAAAUGUUAGAGUUGCUGUUUUAGAUAAUUACCAAGGUGAAGAAUGUGACAUAAUACUUCUCUCGUUGGUAAGAAGCAAUGAAGAAAAUAAAGCAGGUUUUUUAAAAAUUCAAAAUCGAGUUUGUGUAGCUCUGUCUAGAGCAAGAAAUGGACUAUACAUUAUAGGAAAUAUGAACUUAUUUUUAAAUUCUAACAGUCAAAACCAGAUUUGGGGUAAAGUAAAUGAGGCCCUUCAAAGUCAAAAUGCUAUAGGCGAUUCACUAACUUUGCAAUGCCAAAUACAUCCUCACAAUUUUACCCAAGUUAGAUCGGCGGAAGACUUUGAAAUAAUUUCUGAAGGUGGAUGCAGUCUCCCGUGUAAUACUUUGUUGGCUUGUGAGCAUUAUUGUAAACGGACAUGCCAUGUGGGAGAUCGGGACCAUGCUCAGUUCCAAUGUAAUGACCCUUGCCGCCUAUUAUUAUGUGAUAAUUCUGAACACACCUGCAAGAAAAGGUGUUAUGAAGAUUGCGGACCUUGUCAUUAUCCAGUAGAGCGUCAUUUGAAUUGUGGUCACUCAGUUACAAUUGCAUGUCAUAUUAACCCAGAUACUUAUAAGUGUCCUGAAUUAGUACCUACGAAGCUUCCAUGUAAUCACGAAACAGAUAAACCAUGCUCAUCAGAUCCGAUAACGUUUCCUUGUCCUUAUCCAUGCAAUAUAAGAGUAGACUCAUGUGGACAUACAUGUCAGAGGAACUGUCAUAUCAGAAAGGAUCCAGAUCAUUUGAAGUAUACGUGCAGAAGUCCCUGUGCUUUGCCAAAAGUUGGCUGUACACAAGACGAAAAACAUAUGUGUACAUUUUUGUGUUAUUCGCCCUGUGAAGAAUGCAUUGUUCCUGUAAGGAGAGAGCGCUCAUGUGGACACGUAUUCUUAAAAAUACCUUGUAACACGAUUGUAGAAGAUAUUUUUUGUGAAAAAAAAUGUAAGAAAAUGCUGGCUUGUGGUCAUCCUUGUAAAAGCGAAUGCAGUGCUCCCUGUGGUCCAUGUUUAGUUGAGGUUGAGAAAGAAAUUCCAGUAUGCGGACAUAGAGUUACAUUGAAAUGUUCAGAAGAACCUUUGCAAAAACACUGUCAGAACCGUAUAUGUCCAAGAUUGUUACCGUGUGGUCAUAAAUGCAAAAAUGUUUGUAGAUCUUCCUGUACAGAGGAAUGCACGGAAAUAAUAGAGUGUAACAUUCAGUCUCCUUGUGGACAUGAGAUGAAGACAACUCUGUGCUAUUUGACAGACAAGUAUUCGCCAUCCGACCUUCUUUCAGUAUGUCCAUCUCCAUGCGAAAUUAAACUGAAGUGUGGUCAUCAGUGUACAGGGACUUGUGGGACGUGUAAGCAGUUUCGCAUUCAUAAGAGGUGUGCUGAAAGGUGCGGUGUUCCUUUAGUAUGCGAUCAUGAAUGUCCAAUACCAUGCCGACAGGCCUGUAAACCUUGCACUAGACCAUGCGAAUUAAAAUGUUUGCAUAAUAGAUGUAAUAGAGAGUGUGGUGAACCUUGUGUUCCAUGUAAAGAGAUAUGCCCAAGACAAUGCCCACAUGUGAGGUGCAACAAGAAGUGUGGAGAUAUUUGUAAUGUAGACCCCUGCAUAGAAAGGUGUUCCAAAACUCUCCGUUGUGGUCAUCAAUGCGUUGGUUUCUGCGGCGAUCUAUGUCCAAAAUUGUGCAAAAUUUGUAAUGAGGAGGAAUUGACAGAAAUAUUUCUUGGAAAUGAAGAUGAACCUGAGGCAAUAUACGUCAUGCUAAGAGAUUGUGGUCAUAUUUUUGAACAUACCGAUUUAGAAAAUUGGUUAAAAACAGAUGAAGAUCAAAUUAAGUAUAAAGUUUGCCCUAAAUGUAAGACCAGCAUUACCACAACACAAAGAUACAGCAAUUACAUAAAAAUGACUCUAAAAGAUAUUGUUGAAGUUAAACUGAAAUGUUUGGGCGAUGAAACGUCAAAUGAAGACCUUAGGUUAACCAUUAAAAACCGACUUAAUUUGUUAAAAUAUCAGUAUGUUCCACUACGUAGAAUAGAUUCCAAUUCUCUAACUGAACUGUUUACUAUGCUAGAAGAGCGUUUGAAACCUGUAAGAAAUGAUCGAAGACAACCUAUAGGCCUAACAGAACUUAAUGCAGUAAAAUCUAAAAUACAGAUAUUAUCUGACAUUAAAGUGAUUUUUAAAGAUCGACAUAUACGGUACACUCCAGAAGAAAUUACACAGUUAGACAUUAUUCUGCAAGUUCUGUUACGAUCGCAAGAUGACGUAACCGAUCAAGAAAUAGAUGACCUAGGAAAUGAAAUUUGUAGAUUAAACAGAAUUGCUCAAUAUCAGAGUAUAGUUACAAAUUCAAGCUUUGCAAAUAAUCCCGAUAUUCAAUCUUUAUCAGAGAAUAUUAAAGAAGUCGUUUUUGCAAAUUCUAGAUACACCAAAGAGAUUGAUACGGCUUUGGCCAUUAAUUUGAAAAGCCUGUCUGAAAAAGUAGGAUCUGUAGUCAAUAUUACUGAUGCUGAACGGACAGAAAUAGUUAAAGCUAUGGGCAUGGCUAAAGGACAUUGGUAUAAAUGUCCUAAUGGGCAUCCUUACGUUAUAGGCGAGUGUGGAGGUGCCAAUCAGAUUGCAACUUGUUUUUGUGGUGCCCAGAUAGGAGGCACUGACCAUCACCUUUUACGUAGUAACGCCCAUGCUGGUGAAAUGGAUGGUUCUGAGCGUCACGCCUGGCCUGGUGGUCUUUAUUAAAAUUUGGUAUUACCAUUCGCAAAAAAACUCAAACAAUGUUCCAGUGUAUGUCUACUAGGGUGUUUCAUAAUAUUUUUUUUUCUUAUGGCGCUGAAAAGUUGAAAGUACAUUUAGAAACAAAAAUUUUGGCGACUGUCAUAGGUUAACAGAAUUGAAGUGAUUUUACAGGAAAAAUUAUAUAAAUAUCGAGUAUGAUAUUUUUUUGUAGUUUUAUUGGAAAAUUUUGAAAUUUUCGAUUGGUGUUAUUUUUGAUCGCUGAUAUCUUUGAAACGGUUGAUCUGAGGAACUUUGACCUUCAGACGUUUUUUGUAGAACGUGAAAUUUUCUAUAAAUCUUCUCGCGAGGAUGUUGCGGAAACAAACCAUUCCGGAAUUAUUAAAAUUCAAAAAUAAAAAAAAUCCGUGUUCUUUAAAUGGAAAGACAACAAAUAAAUAGAGGCAAACCUUAAUAUUAAUAUUAAGGGUUCUACUAGGCGCUAAAAGUAUGGUUUUUAAACGUACUUGCAACUUUUGAACACCAUAAGAAUAUUUUUUUAUUUUGAAACACCCUAAUGUCUACAUACAUACUCUAAUAUAUAUACAUAUAUUAUAAUAUAAUGUCUACAAUAAUGAUAUAAUCAUAACAAAUUAUAUUUGCUUCAAACUGAUUAACUUCACUAAGAAUAAGAUUAUUGCAUCUAGACUGUUGAAUAUUGUAAAAAUAAUUUUCAUCAAAAAUUAUCAGUUUAAAUUGUUUAUGUUGUUUAUGUGUUUACUUUUGUUCUGUUCAGAUUUAAUCGUUUAUUGUUAAUAAUUUCUUUAUUAGUCUUUAUACUUCUAUUUCUUAAUAAAAAUAUGCUUUUAUG